CGGGAGAGGCGCGGGGAUGGGGCGGCCGCCGGCGCCCGAGCCGCCCGCCCGCUCCCGCCGCCCGCCGCCGCGUCCCCUCCCCGGCCGGCGGGAGGCGGCGGCUCUCCCAUGCCGCCCGCCUCGCCCCCUGCUCUGAAUCUCUGCCUGUCGGCCGAUCUGGGGACAAACGGGGAAGGGGUACGUCCCCUCGCACUUUUAUUUUUCGCCCACUUCUUUUUUUCUACCCUUUUUUGCCUUCCCUCCAUUACGCCCCCCUUCUCCCCAGCCCGUUUCUCCUCCAUCGGGGCUCUUCGGCGGCCAUGCGGCCGGUCCCGGGCGAGCGGCUCUAACUCGUCUCCUCGCCCGGAUGGCCCCCCGGAGCCGCGGGCGCAUGGAGCCGAGCUACGUCGUGGGUAUCUGCUGCCUGGUGCUGCUGGAGCCGGGCCGGGUGUGGAGCGGCGAGCCCAGCACCGGGGGGCCCGGGGAGAACGGGAACAGCAGCCAGGCUCCGCCGCCGGACACCACGGUCCCCGCGCCCACCGGAGCGGCACCACCGGGGGGGGACCGCUGCCGCGGGUACUACGACGUGAUGGGGCAGUGGGAUCCCCCGUUCAACUGCAACGCCGGCAUCUACCAGUACUGCUGCGGGACCUGCGGGUACCGCUUCUGCUGCCAGUUCAAGCCCGGGCGGCUGGACCAGAGUGGCUGCUCCAACUACGACACCCCCAACUGGGUCAACACGGGCCAGCCGCCUGCCCGGGUGGACGAGACCCCCGAGGACCCCACUCGUGACAAGACCAACAUGAUCGUCUACAUCAUCUGCGGUGUGGUGGCCAUCAUGGUGCUGGUGGGCAUCUUCACCAAGCUGGGCCUGGAGAAGGCACAGGGUCCCCAGACAGAGAUGACCGUCUCCAGGACACUGACAGAUCUGCUGAAGCAGCCAGGCCACAGCCCCUCUGAGAACAUGGACAGCCUCAUGGGGGGUGUGCAGGUCCCGCUGAGUGAAGGGCUGGCCCGAGGGCCCCCCAGAAACAGCACAGACAAGCCACCCUUGAACAACGCAGUGGCCAUUGCCCCCUCACUGGGGCGGCCCCACAGCCAUGGCAAGCGCCUGCCGCUGGCCAGCAGCCUGGCCCUGUCAGCCCCGGACUACACUUCCUACACCACCCUCAAGGUUGGAGAGAGCGCCACCGAGGACUUCUACAGGCGGUUCGGGGGGCUGGAGCCAUCCCCCGCCAGCACACUGCCCUUCCCAGCCGAGGCCCCGGUGCUGGCCGAGGGCUGUCCCCUGCCCAAGGCCAAGGGCCCCAAGGUGUCGGGGGGUCUGGCCUUCCCGGGGGGCUGGGAGGGGGGCCCCCACCGCGGCCCCCGCCGGCCGGGCCUGGCCACGCUGCGCCCUGAGGGGCCACCCGAGGCCUUCGGCCCCUCCGCCUCGCUGUACGGGCAGCACUCCCGGCACCUCGCCACCAACAGCAAGACCGAGGUCACCGUGUGACGGCCAGUGCCACCGGGGCCCGGGGCUGCCCCUCACGCGGGAGCUGCUGCCAUCGGGGCAGCCCAGCGCAGGAGAGCAGCACAGGACUCACCCAAACGGCGAGGCCGGCCACAGCGGCAGUCCCUCCUGGGCCAGGCAUGCGGACUGCCAGCCGCGCUUCACCAUCGAGGAGGCACCGCCGACUCAUCCGGACAAGUUUCAGGAGCUCUCAGCCCCCGUCCGGAAGAGGCUGAGCCGGGGGCACACUGGCCGUGCCCUGCUCAGGGGAUGGGGGCCAGUGCUGGGCAGACUGGGAACAGAUCCCGCUGGGGCCAGGCAGCCCCACCUGGCUCCUCUGAGAGGUGCGGGCAAGAACGAUUGACUCAAAGCACCGCCCCCACGCUGCCUGCACAGCCCGAGCAGCCCCUUGCCCUCCCCAGCCUCCUCCCUUCCCCACUGCCCCAGCCUCCACCUUGUCAAUAAAUAACACAUUAAACUGUACGGCCUUGGCAUGAAUUGGCUGGCGAACUUCACACUGCUCACAAAACCUUCCCCCGGGGCAGCAGGGCGCAAAGCCCACUGCCCCACAGGGCCUGGGGAACCCCUCGCGAUGGGGCACGUGGUGGGAACACAGCUUACAGGGACAACUGCAAAACCCUUCAAGCAGCUGCACAAAACUCAGAUCUUCUCUGCCUGAAGUUUAAUGGUUCUGACAGAGUUUUACCAGGGGGAGCAGAGAAACAAAGAGAUGGAGCGAAAGGACAUUGUUCUAAAGCAAGGUCAGGUAACAGCCUUCCUCCCCUAGACAAGCUCCUAAAAUUGCAGGCUUCUGGCCCAGCUCCACCUUGCCUUGGCUCUGCUUGAGCUAUCAUCCUCUUGAGCUGCUUCCAGAGGAGCAUGGAGACACCACACUUGCUCCUCCAAGGGACUUUCACUGCAAACAGUACAGUUCUGUUCUCUAGGUCAUCCGGACAGAGGACUGACAGCUUCACGAGGCGCCUGUGAGCUUUUAUGUCUCUAAAGGACUUUUCAAGCUCACCUCUGCUUAAGAGCAGCUGCUGGGUGGGAUGAAUAGAGCUAAGAGAAAGAGGGCAGGUGGGAGGUGGUGGUAACAUUCAUCUUUAUUAGGUAACAGAUGCUCAGAAGCCCUGGAACAGGGUUUUCAGACAGCAGAUAUGUUCCCUGGGGAACUUCCCCACCACCAGUUGCAUCUCAUAUCACAAAGCAUCCCUACUCUGAACUCCAUGUGGAUAAAUAGACUUUCUUCACAUAAUCCAUAAAACAAUUUCCUCCCACCCACAAACCAAAAAGUUACAGUAUAUACACACACAUAUAAAAAAAAGUUGUAGGGACAGAUGGACAGCAAUUUUUUGAACAGUGUAGAAAAAAAACAGGGCAAAGAUCCCUCACUCUGGAGGGGGCAGAGACAUACCAGCCAUACUAGGACCCUUGGUACUUCAUGCUAUUCACUACCUGGGUUUCAGCCCAACAGCUUCUCCCAGCUCCUGGCCCAGCCAGUACUCCCUGCGGCCCAGCCCCCAGGGCUCAGACUACCAUUAGUGACAAAGUGACACCUCAGCAUCACUGUUUCCCAAAGCCUUACCUCCCAUUUUACUAAAGCACAGAACUGCCCACAUGCUGCACACGCAGACCUGGAGAAAUGCAAGGUAACUUAGAGGCUGCCACAGGCAAGGAGUUUCUGUAUUUUAGGAAAAAAACUCCUUGACAAGGAAAACAGCCACAGCUGAGAGCCACAGAAGAGGAAAAAAAUCAGGAAGAGGCAAUCUACUGCCCCCAAACAGGAUCACUGGUAAGCUCCUGGACUUGGCAAUGAGGAAUCAAAAUGUGUACAAAUCAAGAGCUGUUCUGCACACUUAGGGUACCUGCUCAAAGCUGAAGUUGCUGUCACCAGAGCGUCCCCUACACUGAUCAGACACUCUUGAGAGCAACCUCUUCCCCUCCAACAAUGAGCUCCCCCUCCAACCACCAACUCCAGGAAGCAAGGGACACCCCAGCCAGCAGGACAGUACCAGCUAUUGCAGCUGGGUGUCCACCAGCUAUUCCCCAAAUGAAGUGGGGGAGGUAGGCAAACACCUUCUGGUCCCCAUGCUUUCAUCCACAGCUACAGACCACAAUCACUGGGAACAGGCUUUGCUGGGAGACAGGCUUCUCCUGGCCCCAGUUUCCAUCUCCUUGAAGCUGGGCAACUCCAAGACUAGCAUUACCUGUGUUCAAUCACUGCAGCACGUGAAAUGGCCCUCCCAGAUGCCAAAGGGAUCCUGUGCAAAGGGAAACCACAAGCCCCUAACUUUCUCCUCUCAUUCUGAAGCAGCUCAUGCCUCUCUGCAAGAGCUGGAUACAUGUAAAAGCUUCUUGCAAAACAGUCCAAGUUUGCAGGAGCUGGGCAGUACAGGCCUGAUUGGGACAGGAUGGGUUUGGAUGGCUGCCUGUAUCUAAAUGCUUUGAGCUGCCAACAUGGAGAACACGCCGGCCGUACACACGGAGGAACAGCAAUGCCCACUUGCCAAAUGCUGGUUUCCACAUAUGCACAUGAGAGAGGGCAACCACUCUGCACUUCUUUGGAGAGAUGCAACAGGAAAGGCAGAGAGAAAGAGGGCAAACCGUUCUCUCCCUGUCCCAAAUCCACCUCCCACUCCUGGAAAGUCACAGGCAAUUCAACACCUGCAACUCAAACUGCUUGGAAUAGCAACGGUAACAAAGCCGGGAGACUUGCACCCCCAUACCAGUGCCUCCCAAAUCCUGCAAGAGCUGUGGAGCAGUUAGAGAAGGUAAAGAGAAACACCUGAAGACAAGUUCUGGGACUGAGAGUUGAGUGACAUAAAAAAAACUGUUUCUAAAAAUUGUUUCUGCAUCAACAAAAAGGCACCAGAGAAGCAUUCACCCUUCAUGCCAAGUGCAGGGCACAGCAUAUCCACCUCUGCUGCCACCCAGCACCAGAUGACCAGGGAUGCCAAGGUCUUUUAUCAGGCUCUGCUUGUUGCAUUUUGCCACAAACCCACCCCCUGCUGAAAACUGGAGGCAGCUAUCACAGGAAAAGAUGCAUGAAGCAGAAGGGAAGGGAAAUCUGCUGCAUUGUUCCCCAUGUUUUUGUAAAGCCACAAACAUUCCUAUAAAAAAACCUGUAUAAAAACCGUAGAGAAAUUUUCCAGGCAGUACUGGCCCCAAGCAAUAAUCCCAGAGCACCUAGGUAAGUUGGGUCUAGGGGGCUUCAGUUUCCUGACACACAACUCAAGGAAAGCUGGUGCCUUUCCCUCUCUUUUGGGAACAGCCUUAGGCCCCAGCAGCCCCAUGGGACAAGGCCUGAACAGAUCUUCUGCCCUCACCAGAGAUUUCCUUUCUGCAGAGGUGUUUGGAAAGGGAACAAAAUACCCCUGAGGACAGACACGGGAUGUGCCACUUCUCUAUGCCGUGGGCUUGUGGGCUUCUCUCCCAAGCAGGGACAGGUGAUUUGUGUCGGGGCAGCGCUUCUCAACAGCCCCAGGCAUAGUGACAGAAACCACAACUAGACAGAUUCCUGCUGCAGUGCCUGAGAACAAGCAAGGAAGCUAGUAAAGCUAAACCUGGGGCAAGUUUA